GCCGCGAGGCCAUGGAGGGAGCGCCGGCCCCGCAGGAGCAGCCGGCGGCCGCCGAGGCGGAGCGGGGGGGCCGGGAGCAGGGCACCUGCUCGCCCAGAGAGAAAGUAAACCCAGAACCUUGCCAAACCUGUCUUAAUGUGCCAGAGAUCAAGAAGACUGAACCAAGCCAUGGUGGAGCUCCCUGGGAAAGAGUCUGUCCAGUCCAUCGGUGCCCUAUCACUGCAUCUCCCAGCUUGGUGAGAGGUCGUCUGCCUUCCUCCAGCCGCAUGCUUGGACCAAUGUCUGUUCAGUCCAAUGGUCAGGUACCAUCCAGCUCCCAGGACUUACAUCAACAUCACCUAUAUUACCAUUGCAACCAGCAAGAACCUAGAGACAGCUAUGGCUUGCCCCCACUGCCAGGGCAUGGAGAGAGGGCCACUUUGUGCUCCCACCAUUCCAGUAGGGAUUCUUUACCAGCUGCCCACCACGAGACCUCUGAAAGUCAAUGGAAACAGUGGUCACAUGACCAGCAGCAGUCACGACCAGUGCAGCACCACAUUGUAACAGUCAGACAUGACAAAGCUUUCAGGAUGCCAAAAAGUUAUUCCCAAGUGAUUGCUGAGUGGCCGGUAGCUGUCCUUGUGCUCUGUUCGGUGACAGUUCUGGUUUGUACUUUAGCUGGCCUGCUAGUUGGAAAUCUGCCAGAUUUUUCAGAACCGUUGAUGGGAUUUGAGCCUCGAGAUACUGACAUUGGCAGAAAACUCAUUGUCUGGAAGAAUGUACAAACCCAUACAGGCUAUCAGAAGACCCUUUCGCUUUCUCCCUACACUGAAAAGAACAGCUAUAGGGACGUUGGUAUUAACAGAGGGCAGAGGUUUAUCCAUGGCGAGCAAGAAGCAAGAACACGACGGAUGGUAGAACAAGACUAUGGAAAGGACAGUUUCUUUUGUGGCCCCCCAGGAAAGAGUUAUUCUCAGCUGGUGUUUAUGUCCACAACUGCUGGGAGCUUGUGGAACUUGCAAGCGAUUCAGUCCAUGUGUCAAAUUGAACAGGACAAGAUCCGCUCACAUGCUCAUUUUGGGAAUCUCUGUCAACGUACUGAAGGCAAUGAAUGCUGCCCAAGCUGGUCUCUGGGUAACUAUAUUGCUGUCCUUCACAACAGAUCAUCUUGUUUGGAGAUAACUCAAGCAGAUGUCUCCCACACCCUGGCACUCCUCCGUUCCUGUGCCCCAGACUACCACAAAGGCAUCCUUAUUCCUUCUUGCAUAGGUCCCAGGACUGGAAGAGAGAAACACUCUCAGUGUGCCAAAGUACCAGAAAAAUGUACCCGGUUCAGUGGUAUUUACCAGCUUCUUCACUUCUUGGUUGACAGAGACUUUCUCAGUCUUCAGACAAUGGAAUAUCAAGUGCCAUCACUGAAAUACAGCCUGCUGUUUUUGCCUACAAAGAAAGGAGCAUCUAUGAUGGAAAUCUACCUGGACAACCUUGAGUCAUGGGACCUGUUUGAUAAUUACACAUUAAUCACUGGAAUGGACCUGGGUCUUAAACAGAAACUAUUCCAGCACUAUCUUUUACUGGAUACAAUGUAUCCAGUCCUGGCAAUAUUAGCCAUUUUUCUAAGUAUGACUUUUUAUUUACGCUCAAUCUUUAUUACAUCUAUGGUUCUUAUGAUUGUUGUCAGUUCUUUGAUGAUCUCCUUCUUCUUGUAUAAGGUGGCCUUCAGAUUCACCUAUUUCCCUUUUGUAAACCUGACAGCAGUUGUCAUUCUCAGUAGCAUUUGCGCCAAUCACACCUUUGUGUUUUUUGAUCUCUGGAGCCUCAGCAAGAGCCAGAAUCCUUCUGCAGGCCUCCUGCAGUGGAUGAGCCAAACCAUGCACCACUUUGGCUAUCUCAUGUUGGCGUCUUCCUUUACAACAGGUGCAGCUUUCUAUGCCAGCUAUAUGAGCAAUAUAAUUGCCAUCUGCUGUUUUGCCAUCUACAUGGGCACCUGUGUAUUGGUAAAUUUAGUAUUCAUGGUAACUUGGCUUCCAUCUUCUGUUGUGUUGUAUGAACGCUACAUAGCAACAAACUGCAUUUAUAAACCGGAAGACUACUGGAACUAUAGUGGGCAUAAAAGAGUUAUUUUCUCUCUCCAUCAUAUACUCAGGGGUCUCCAGAAUACUUUGUGUGAAACCUCCAAGCUGUUAUUUGAGAAGAUUCUUCCAUGUGGUGUUAUAAAGUUUCGUUACAUUUGGAUCUGCUGGUUUACAGCCUUGGCAAUAGGCGGUGCCUACAUUUCCUGUUUUAAUCCUAAACUAAAACUCCCCAGUUUAGAGAUGCCAUCUGUCCAGAUGUUUAGGUUAAGCCAUCCCUUUGAAAGAUAUGAUGCAGAAUACUGUCACCAGUUCAUGUUUGAGAGGCUGGAGCAUGGAGAAGGACAACGCAUGCCCAUCACUAUAGUCUGGGGCAUACUGCCUGUGGACAAUGGGGAUCAUUUCAAUCCUAAAAGCAAUGGCACACUGGUGAAAGAUACCACAUUUACAAUCCAAAAUCCUGAAGCUCAAAACUGGCUCUUGGAAUUCUGCCAAAAAGUGAAGAAUCAAACUUUCUACUAUUCUGAUUUGGAGCAGAAAUCUACAGUUUGUUUCAUGGAGGAGUUUCACACGUGGAUGGACAGUCGCCAGUGCUCCCAGCAAGAUCACAGCUUCAAUCUCUGCUGUAACCACUUCCCCUUCCCCUAUGGAAGUGAAGUCUUCCUGCACUGCAUCAAAAUGAUGAUCAUGGAACAAGGCAGAGAUGGAGCUGAAACCUAUGACUUGGGUCUUAGAUUUGACGGAGAGGGAAACCUAGUUGCCUUGGUGCUACAGUUUCAAACUAUUUAUCACUACAGCUUCAACUACAGCAAAGCCAAACAAUUCUACAAUGAAAUUGGCCACUGGAUAACAGAGGAAAUGAAGACUGCCCCCAUGGGGCUUCAGAAUGGAUGGUACACCAGUAAACUAGAGCUAUAUAAUCUCCAGCACAGUCUUAGCACAGAGACAAUGGUGGUCAUAGGGCUAUCCAUAACCAUCUCUUUUGUGGUGCUGCUGCUCACCACCUGGAAUGUCAUUCUUAGCAUAUUCUCUGUUACAGCUAUCACAGGCACUGUCCUGGUAACUGUUGGACUUUUGGUGCUGUUGGAAUGGCAGCUCAAUGCAGUGGAGUCUCUCUUCAUUUCAGCAGCAGUAGGCCUCUCCACUGACUUUACAGUGAACUACUGUAUUUCCUACCACCUGUGCCCACAUUCUGAUCGCCUGAGCCGAGUGGCCUUCUCUCUGAAGCAGAUGAGCUGUGCCACUGCUAUGGUGGCAUCUGCUCUGUUUUCUGCAGGUAUCAUCAUGCUGCCUGCCACAGUGCUGGCAUACCGGAAGCUGGGGAUAUUCAUAAUGAUGAUCAAAUGUAUCAGCUGUGGAUUUGCCAGCUUCUUUUUUCAGUCUCUAUGCUGCUUCUUUGGCCCAGAGAAGAACUGUGGUCAGAUCCUUUGGCCUUGCACCUAUGCCUUGAAGGACUAUUCUGAUGACUCCAGGCCAAAUGGAAGCUUUAACUGUGGGGGAGAAGAGAAGCAGAACAGAUUACGGAAGGUGCAAGAGUCUAACACUGCAAAUGAACAGUAUGAGCUCCAGCCCUUGGCCAGAAAACUUAGUGACAGCUUUGACAACAGCACUUCCACAAGCAAAUUGUCUAAUCGUCCUUCUGUCCUGUCUGAAGACAUACAGCUCCAAGACAGCAGGUGUCCCCGAAUAGGAAUCCAUCCUUCUCUUGAAACAGACAGACAGAAUCUGCAGGAGACUCUAAUGGACCACCAUGUAGAUCUUUGUCAGUGUCCCGCCUUGCAAACAUCUUCUCCUUACAAACAUAGCAGCACAGGAGCAGAAGCAGAAAUUCAUAGAGAGAGACUCUGCAGAGAUUGUAGAUGUCAAAAGUAUGGUCCAAAAGCCUGGGAUGGAUACAUGCUGGACUAUCUUUAUUCAGCCAGCAUGAAAGAUGAAGGACAGUUAAAUAACUCUCAGUGUUCUAGAGACACUGCUCAACAACAAUCAGAUUAUACCUCAGAAAAUAGUAAUCUCCCUGAAGCUGAAAUUUACAAAUUUCACAGAGGCCUUUGUUCUCAUAGCAGUUCUUUCAACGUGCUCAAUGUCUCCAGUGAGAUCUCGCUGAGUGAUUUUGAGCAGAGCAUAAAACUUGCUGAGUCAGCCAGUUCUUGUCCCAAUGUCUUAGAUGUGUCUGAUUCCUGCUGUGCAGAAGAGAGAGGUCAGCUGAAUGGGAAGAGAGACACCCUGAGGUUGGACCUGAGAGAGACUGUCUUUGACGUGUCUCUACCAGCAUCCCAGCAAAACAGCUCUUCUUGGAAAAACCGACUGGGAUUAGGGAGUGAAGGUCCAGUUGUUUUACCAAACAGCCAACCAGACAUGCCUGAUGUUUGGAUCAAACGAUCCAGUGCACAAAAUUCUGGUUACAGCAGCUGAAAUCUCCAAGAAAGCAAAACUCAAUUACAGAAGAAAACAGGAAAUGAACCUCCUAUGUACACUGUAAAUAUAAAAUCUUUCCUCCCUUCCCUUUUUUAGCUAGGAAUAUUUCCAGAUAUUUCAGCUGCAGAGAUGCCUACAUUUUCACUGAGUCAGCAAAUCUGAUAUUAAAAAAAAUGAGGAUUAGAGAUGAAUUUUAAUGCAGUAAAAAAAUCUUUGACUGUCCAGCAGCCCGUGCCAUAUUCACAAUUGUACUGUAUGACAUUCCCUACAGUGAUUAGAUUUUGUUUUCCUACCAAGUACAAGAAAGAAGGGGAUAAUGAUUAAAGAGGUGACUCGCUCCAAAUAUUUAAAGAAAUAAAUCCCAUGUACAAAAAUAUCUAUAAUUCUUAAUCAUUGGAAUCUGACUAAUGGCUGGAGAAAGAACUGUUUCCUGUUGAAGCAGAUCUGUUUUUAUUAGCAGUCCAGGUUUACAAAUUUCCCCAAAGGAAUUGUAUUCAGAUAUUUGUUUAAAUCUGUCCAGUGAGUGUUUUUCAACUGGUAUGGUCUGUUACUCUUCAACGAGAAGACUAUAUAGUCCAGCCCCAAAUAUCUUUCAGAUCAGGAUUUCAGCUGGUUUUGCUCGAGGGAACUCCAUCUGACACUGCUUCAAUGUGGGGUUUUCCUUGGCAGAAAGCCAUCUCCUUGUCCUCUGUGACUUGGGCAGCUUGUGUUUCAUGUUCAUAGCUAGUUUCUAUCCCAGGCAAAAAUGUAAAAAUAUUUUUAAAGUUGGCAUAUCUGCUGAAUCUUGAAUUUUACUUUUUUCUUUACCAGAAAAACAAAAAAACUAAACAUUGUCUUUAUCUGUUACAAUAAGAAAAAGCUUUCUCUCUAGAAGUCAGCAUAAAAAUAAAUAUUGACGACAAA